UGACAGAGUGCACUGAAGCCAGCUGAUCAGCAGCAGGGGAUGAGGAAGUGGGCGUGUUUCCUCGGUGAGGCUGCUUAGUUUGAAGCACACGCGCACAACCCUUCACUUACUACUGGCGGAAGAAGUCCUAGAGGUCGGUCAUCUUUAUUUUUUAUUUUUUUACAAAGUUACAACAAUCCAGAUCAUGGUGGUACCGAACUUGUGUCAAGCAGCCUUCGCGAUGCUUCGGCAGAUCGAGCCGAUCAUCGUGCUCGAGCAGCUGGGCAGCACUCUCUUUGAUACCGCACUGCAGAUGGUGGUCAGGGACCGCUGUGCCAACGCUACCGACCCGGGCCACUCCAGUGAGGAUGCCCAGCAGAAAGCCAUGACCGACUUCUACAUGAUCAACAACCUCAUUAUCCAGCUGACUCCCAUCUUUCCUGCGCUGUUCCUGGCAAGACUGAGCGACCGCGGCCGGAGGAAAGCCCCCAUCGUGUCCCCCCUCACCGGCUACCUGUUGUCUAGGGUCAUCCUGCUCCUGGUAGUCGUUCUAAAUCUGCCGCUGCAGGUGAUGUUCGCGGCGGGGACUCUCCUCGGGCUCUCCGGCGGGUUCACCGCAUAUUGGCCCGGUGUAAUGACUCUAGCUUCGCUCGGCUCCACGGCGGCCGACCGCUCCAAGGUGUUGAUGAGGGUGGAGUUCACGUAUGGGUUAGCAGGCGUGGUGGGCAGCCUUGCUUCUGGCCAUCUGUUCCACCUGUACAGCUCCAGUUUGGGACAUGGGACCAUCCUGCUUAUCAUCAGCACACUGCUGCAUCUGCUCUGCCUCUUACACUCCAUAUUCCUGCUGCAGGUGAAAGGUGUAAGCGAUGGAGAGCUGGAGGAGAACCGCCACCUCCUGGUACGCGCCUCCACUAACUCUUCAGUUGUCGAGACUCCUGUUGAGAUAAACAGAGUGAAUGUGGCUCUGCUGUUUGUGGCUGCCAUCCUGUACAACUUUGCAGUGGGCGGAGCCAUUGAAGUAUUGGGUGCCUUUGUGCUGAGAGCACCACUCAGCUGGAACGCCACUCUAGUGGGGUACGGGAAUGCAGCAGGCUGUGUGAUCUUCCUCACCAGUUACAUAGGUGUCAUCGGGUUUCGACGCUGCUGCAGCGACACCUCGCUCAUUCUGAUCGGCAUGGUGUCCUUCGCUGUCGGGAUUUACUUCAUGUCCUUUGUAACGACGACCCUCACUUUCUACCUCGCUCGUGCACUCACCCUGUUUGCUCUCAUCCCGAUGUCCACAAUCAGAUCUCUGCUCUCACAGCAGGUCCCAGCUUCUUCAUGUGGCAUGACCCUCACCUUCCUGCAGCUCGCUCUGAAGUUUGCCAGCCUGGCGUACAUUCCCGCUUUCACCAAGAUCUAUCAGGGAACCCUGGACUGGUUCCCAGGCUUUGUGUUUACACUAGCCAGUAUUUUCACAGUACUGGCAAUGACACCCAUCAGUAUCAUCGGCUGCAGAUCACCUCAGAGGUGGCAGUAUGAGAAGAUUUAGAGCGGUCGAACCAGUAACAUCAUAACCAGCAGCAGCAGCAGCGAGUGAGCAUUGGGGCAAGGCAGAAGGGAACUUAGACUUGAAACUACUUCCUGUGCUGUUAAAGCAGAAAAAGCAUUUCCUUUCCUAUAAGCUUCCUCAGUUAUAAAAGAGGGCACACAGUAUUUUUACAUCUAUUUGAGAAACAUCUCAAAUAGACAACUGCCUCACAAAGACAGAAGCUGCCACGGUGAUUUCCACAUAGUUUAGGAUUUGUCACGGACUGUGUUGGCUGCUUCUGUCAGCAAACUGUUACUCACACUCAGUUUUCAGCCAUGGGUCAUGUUUUAAACAACUUCUUUAGGAGUUUUGUAUCCUGGAGUCCUCUCAGGCUGUUACAGGAACAGAAAGUUUGACACAAGUUGAUCUCUGUUAUAAAUUCACCCGUUUUUACUUAACUGCCUACUGUUUUUGUAGAUUUGUAAACUAGAAGCUAGAAGUGGAAGUGUGGUUAUAAAAUCAGUUUUUUUUUUUUUGGCUGUUACUGUUUCUGUUUCCAUAUUUAAAGACUUUGCAGUUGUUACUGUACUAGCACAGUAAUGUGCACAAAGUUAAUGAGAGUGAUGCUCUGAUGCCAGCUUAGCUGCAGUUUGGGUUUAGGUCAAAGCUACAUGAAGUGAAUCCAGUUUGAGUCACAGACGGUGUAAACGGUGGACAUGGCCACUGUGAUGUCUCAAGGUGAAACCUCGAGGCUCGAGAAACCGCACAGUCAUUUGCUAAGAGCUUCUGACUGAGUCUAAUAAAAAGGAUCAUCAAGCCCUAACCCUGCAAUGCCAUCUGUAUUAUUUCUCAGACAUGAGUUUAAUGGCCAGCCCUCUGCUUGCCACUAAACGACAAUACAGAUUUCAUCAGACGCAGAAGGCACGCCCAUCUUUUUGUACUGUUUACAUCUGUGUCCUGUUCACAUCACCUUAACUCCUCUAGAGGUCACUGUUUCUAAAGUGUGACUUAAACCUGCUGCAAGCCUAUGCUGUUUUACGGAAGCUCGUCUCUGCCAAAAACAGUUUCUGGCAUCCAGAAAUGGAAAAUUAGAGUUACUGCCUCCGAAAUUUUGUUAUUACGUCAAAAUUUUGAGAUAACUUGAAACAUCAAAUGAGCUCUGCCAAGCAGGGUUUUUUUUUUUCCCCAGUGGUGGAAACGAGCUUUCAGCCCCAAUACCAAACAUACCAAACUUUUUCUCUUUUGUUUUUAAACAGUGUUGUAUUAAGCUCCCUGAUAUAAUAGCUAAGCAUUACACCAGUGGCAACGGACUAAUUGCAUGCACUGCUUUUUAAAUCAGCAGGGCUUGCAUAGACGCCACUACAGAUUGGGCAACAAGCCCAAAAAAGUUGAAAGAAAAACAUACUUCAUAAGUCUGAUGCGCACUGUUGCACAUUAUAAGACUGAAACACGACGUUCAAUCUGUAAACCAUAGCAAAACAUUGCCCAAUUUUCUUUAGAUUGAACCGAUUUUUGCUGCUCAGAAGAUAUUAUUGAUUUUUUAAAUAUCAAAUAUUUUACCACCUGUCUUCGCCCAGUGGCAAACCAAUGUAAAUUAUUAAUUAUUAAUGCUACGUAUUUGACAGAUUAAUCCUAAUGACGCAGUUUGUAAGGAAACAAAAGGGAAAAUAUGUUGUGCCUGAAACAUUCAGAGCAACGUUAGCAAACGAUCACAAGUGCGUGGACAAGUGUUCUGUGGAUGGGGAAAAAAACUGCUGGAUUCUCCCCCGCUCAUGACUCCGUGUAUCAUCACCAUCAGUCAGCUGCUCACAACACAUAUUUUAGGAAAAGCUUUAGGUUUGGUGUCUUUCGACGUUCUCGCACACUGACUACUGGCAGUCUAAGGGAUCUUUUUUGACAUAACCUUUUGUUUGCUUUUAUAUAUUUUUAUUAUCCUUACAUAUUGACCCACUAAUGCAUUUGAUUGUGCUUUAUGUUCAUCUGUCUUAGUCUGAAGGUACUGGUACAGUUCUGUGCAUGAAUUUAUGUAGAAAUUUAAAGCCAUAUUUUAGUUAUUAGUAGACAUGUUUGUAUAGCUGAAGUAGUGCUUAUAGUACUUUGUUAUUUUGUUAUUUUGCAUUUGCACAUUAUUGCACUUUUAUUUGUUGACGGUGCAUAAAAGGGGGCUUCUGCUGAAAUUGUUAGUUUAAAUGAAAUUAUUAAACAUAAAGAGCAACUUAUGUUGGUGUUCGAGCUGCAAUGACACUAAAUAAAAUCUUUUUGUUAAAUAAA